CCACUCUGGACAGGGGCGGAGGGGGCGUGCCCGCCCGGAUGUGACGUCACCAUUCACCUGCUGCUGGCUGGGCAGUGCUGAGGAGGGAAGGAGAGGAUCGGAGGACGGCACACCCAGACACUGCAACCGGAGACCAGGAUGGCGCUGCGAUACCUCACCGUUCUUCUCAUUGUUCUGUGCUGCUGGGCUUCUCUGAAUGCUCUGGUACUGGUCACGCCAAGCAAGACGACUUAUGAGGGUGUUCAAGGUGGCAAAACGACUCUGGAGUGCAAGUACACGUUGGCACCAGAGGACAUUGGAACACUGGACAUAGAAUGGUUUUUAGUGGCAGCCGAUUCCCAACAAGCUGACCAGAUGAUUAUUAAUUACAAUACGGGUGUCGUGUACCAGGACUCCGGACCACUGAAGGAUCGAGUGCACUUUACAUCUAGUGACCCCUUAAAUGGUGACGGCUCCAUAGAUAUUAUUAAUCUGCGGGAAUCGGACACUGGGGCUUAUCAGUGCAAAGUAAAGAAGCUUCCCGGCUCCCAGAACAUGAAGAUGCGUCUGAAUGUGUAUAUUAAGCCAGCAAAAACGAGGUGCUUCGUUGACGGAAAACAGGAGAUUGGAAGUGACUUUGCCCUAAAAUGUGACACCAAAGAAGGAUCUGCUCCAGUAACCUACUCCUGGGAGAAGAUCAGUGGCCUGGAGAAGCUUCCACCCUCAACACCAGAUGCAUCAGGAGCUGUUCUCAGCGUAAAAAAUGCUUCUCAGGCGUUCAGUGGAACGUACAGAUGUACAUCCCGAAACAAAGUUGGUACCGAUGAGUGCUUGCUCAUCCUCAAUGUUAUUCCCCCUACAAACACAGCUGGGAUUAUUGCUGGAGCCAUUAUUGGGACUUUACUCUUCCUGAUUAUUCUGGGCAUUUUGAUCUUCUGUUGCUGCAGAAAACAAAAAGAAAAAAAAUAUGAGAAGGAAAUACAACAUGAAAUAAGAGAGGACGUUGCUCCACCUAAAAGCCGGAUUUCCACUGCUCGAAGCUACAUAGGAAGCAAUCACUCCUCAUUGGGAUCCUUGUCCCCAUCAAAUAUGGAUGGCUAUUCAAAAGCCCGUUACAACCAUGUACCGAUCGAAGAGCAUGAGCGUCCAGCAAGUCAAAAUCCAAGCUUCUCGGCUCCCAAGGUAGCAGGUCCAAAUCUUAGCAGAAUGGGUGCCAUUCCUGUCAUGAUUCCAGCACAGAACAAGGAUGGCUCCAUAGUGUGAAAGGGUCAUUGUGUAUCCUGUAUACGCAGGUGGCACCACAUCAUAAGACUUUUUUGGUUUUGUUCCUUCCCUGCACAUUCCAUAAGGAUCCACUACUGGCUGAGGUCACUUGUACAUUCAGCUUAAUAACUGGUUCUGCACAGUGGUUACUAUUUUACUUAUCGAUUUUUCUGACCAAGCACAUAUGUUCCGGGCAGAAAAUCCAUCAGUUUUUAAAAGUUACUGGGGGGUAAGGGUAUAAACACAAGCUGAAGUGCAGAAGAUGUUGGCAUGUCCCCAUAUUUCAGAUUUCUUUGGAAGGUACCAGUCAAGUAUUAGGCACUCUUGUAUAGCUGUAAACGGUUUUUGAUGAACUGUUGGAUAAGUUGGUCUUGUUUUAUAGGAAAGCCACUGAUUAUGCCAUGCUUUCAAGUGCAGACAUGUCAGGCAAUGCUUCAGUCUUUGUAAUGUGUUUUUUCUUUUUAAUUUAUUUUCUUUCAUUGCUAAUUAGUAGUGCAUAAUAAACAGUGUAGCAGACAUCCAGACAUGAAUCAACUUAUAUUUAAGUUUGAGUAGCUUGCACAAUGUAGUCGGCACAUGCAAGGGCAGUUGGUUUACUACAGCUACUCCUCUAUAUAUAUUUUGAAGGCAGUUGAUCCCUUGACUACUGCAUGUGGUACUUUUGCCCAAUGCCAUCCACUUUUUCUUUUAAGAUUGUUUCAAGUGCAUUUCAAAAUUAACUAGAAGAGAUUAGAGGCCGAAACCGUUGUCAGGCGUGGACUAGCAUGUGUGAUUUUUUAAACCACUUUUGAACAGAUAAAACCUUGGAACAGUUUUGCACAGGGCUUUAGUCUAAUCCAGCUGGCCAUAUGUGCGGGCAUCCAUCCUGAUUAACAGCUGUUCUUGUAGGCAAAUCUAUCAUUGCUUUGGGUGGGUAAAGAGUUGAGAGCUGGGAUAAGGAUCUGAUUGGCCCAUGUAUCUCCACUUGACAGUGCCCUAACCUUUUUAAAUUGGCUGCUUUCAGGCCUUUGUUGCUCUCUGGGACCCUGGCCAGGAUAUCUUCACCUCCAGGCUUGGAUUUUCAUUAGAUCUUAAAGGGAAUAUAUAUUGGUUUUGUACAUAUUUUGUGCAAUUCUUUUCAGAACUAAGGAAAAAAAAGUUUACAUUUUUCCAGGUGGUGACAAAGUGCUCCCUGUUUUGAUGGCCCUGUCUUGUGGUCUCUCAAAGAGUUGCCAAUGGCAAGUUUCAAAGACAUUUCAGGUUCUUGAUCCCACUUUGUGCGCUGUUUUCAUCCAUUGCCCAGUACAGACAUAGCUGCCAGAGGGGGGACCAGGCAAACAAAGAGUGAAGUGAAGAGUAGGUUUGUGGGACAGGCAAGUAUUUUUUUUGUUUCAUAGUUGCUGAUGGCUUUCCUUUAAAAUUGGAUAAUAUAACAUUUUGCAUAUUAUGUAGUCCUCUAUCAAGCCAGCAGGUGGAGUGCUGGUCUUUCUUUCCAUUCAAUUAGCACAAUUACUUUUCAGCUGUGCUAUAAAAAGCCUUCUAUGUAUAGAA